UGCUCGCACACUUGUCGGUUUCAGUUCAGUCCAAUCCACAACAUCGGAAGCUUUCAAUCGCCGGAAAAUCGUCAAAUUCUCAGGAUGGUUCUCUCGUUGCCGAUACCCAUUUCAUCCCUUUCAUCAUCAAGCAACCUAUGCGGUUCCGAGCUCCUAAGUCUCUCAUCAAACUUCUCCACCCUCUCUAUCUCCUCCAAAUCCAGCCUCAUCCUCUUCCCAAAACAACCCCUAAGAACGACAAUCCGAAUGGGUGGAGGCCCUCGGACAUACCCAGGAGGUGUUUCCAAGUGGCAAUGGAAGCGAAUGCAAGCAAAGAAGGCUGCACAGCUCCUUAAAGCUCGUCUUGCUCGUGAGCGACAGAUAUACGAGAUGCGGAAGCGGGCGGAGCUAAAGGCAGCUGUUACCGAUCUAGAGCGGCCGUGGGAGGUAGUGGAGAAGGCGCCGAAGCUUUUCUCAGUCGGAGCUGACGAGCAAGUUAAGGUAUUAGCCGAUCGUUUUCAAAAGCCUGGUGGGUUUGAUAUGUGGUCGGAAAAGGACGGCCCCCAGAUUUUUUCUCCUGUUAACGGAUCCCCUACUGCUAGAUUUUUCCCGAAAGGGGUUGUUCAUAGCAUCAAGCCAUAUGGUAUGAUUGAGAGUGAUGAUGGGAUGGGGAAUGAAAUCAAUCAAUCUCCCAGACAAAGUAAUUCUUUGAAUGGAGAUAUGAAUUCUAAAGGGAGGAGAUAUGAGAAGAAGGGGAGAAGGACAAGGUCUGAAACAAAAGAAUUGAAGAGUAAUAAUAUGAAGGGGUUGUCUUCUUCUGUAGGAGGUGUUGAACAAAGAGGAUCAGGAGAUACUCUGUCUCCUGCGAAUUGUGAUAGAGGUGGUCGCAAACAAAGUGCUAAGCCUUCAAAAGUGUAUGAUUUGAGUUUGCAACAAGAUGGAAGAUAUGAAUUUAAAGCACAAAACUUGAAAUCUGGUUGACUGAAACUUUGGAUUUCACUAUAUAUAUAUAUGUAUGUUUGAUCAAGAAUGAUCAUCGUUGGCAUGUGUAUUACAACAGUUAGCAGCACUUAAGCUCAUUCACAAAUAAGAAGAGCAGAUGUUGUAACGAGGCAGGGUAAAGGAAACCAGUUCAAAACAUUAAAUUCUUGAUAAUUAAUACACACAUAUUCUAGAUAUGUUUCCAUCACUCACUGUCUUUCUCUCUAUCUAUAAUUACACAUAUAUAUUCAUCAUGAGCUUCUUCUACCUUGUCUGGAAGUUUAAGGUCUUGAUGCAAUAGGCAUACAUGAAGGCAAAAAAGACACAGAAAGCCACCAGUCCUCCUGCAAUUCCGCCAAUGAAAUCUGGGUCAUAGCCGAAGUGACUUUUGAUGUAUGAUUGAAUGGUCGGAUUGGGAGUCACUCCAGGAACGAUAAGUUCGCUCUGUAAAUCACCGUAUUGAGAUACAAUCAAUCCAUAAACAGUCCAUGCAACUGGGCAUAUCCAGUAGUACCAUAUCCACCACUUUGGAAUUUUCUGUAAAUUCAACAUUUGCCAUCAGCAAAACAAAUUUUGUUUCAAUUAAGUUGACAACUAAUACUAGUUUUAUAAAGGUUAACUAAUUACUUACAGGUUUUGGAAUGAAGAAUCCAGAGAAAAGGUUGAAGAGCGCGUAGAAUGCUGCUGCAAAUAUAGCUGCCACUUGAUGGUUUGGCGUUAUGGAGACAGUCAUCAUUCCAUAGUAAGUGAAGUAGAGGAAGGAGAAGAAGGUGAUGAAGAAAAACCAAAAGAAUUUCCCAACUGCCCAUUCGAAUCCAAUCAUGGCAUAAACGAUGAGACUGAAGUACAUCGUUUGGACAAACACAUAUGGUAGCUCAGCAAUCACCUGAAAGUAUAUAUUGCAAGUAAAUAACUUUUCCCUUUUUCUUCCCAUGUUGAAAUAUCGAUAAGAUCUAUCUUUUAAUUUAUUACCUGGGCAAAUGCAUAAGGUAGUGCAGAAUACAUUCCAGCUGCUCUUUCUCUGUAGAAAACUGUUCUUUCAGUAGCUACCAAUGGCUGUACUGUUCCACAGUUGUUAAUUCCAACAAACAGGACAGCUGAAUACAUUGCUCCUAUCAUUGUUGUCAAAUCCGAUACGCUCUUUUGGCUGAAUAGAAAAUGAUUGUUAGACAACGUGUCUUUUCACUAUCUAAAAAUAAAUGAUAGUUAGAAACUUGUUCCCACCUCUUAUUAGCAACUUGCCAGAAAAUUGUUCCCACCAUUAAGGCAGCUAUCAAAGUGAAGAAGUUCCUAACGAGAUUAUAGUCGGGGCUUCUCCAGUAAGUUAUCCAUUGUUUCCAUAGACAGGAUUUGAAUUGCCCCCACGUAGACUGAGAGUAUUGUGUCGAGAAGAAGAUAUUUUUGUUUCCUGGUGGAGGUACGCUUAACUCCUUCACUAAAGUCUUGUUUCGCCUAAUUAAUAUAUAACGCUCCAUGUCAGUCCAGUAUAGAUGUGAAGCCACAAAUUUUUUGUUUUAAAUGUUUCACUUACUGGAACAACGCUGACGAUCUGUAGUGCUCUGCAAAAUCCAUCCCAAGCCUGACUUCUGCGGCAACCGAGCUUACUUCUAGCAUCCAUGUUGCUGGAUUGUACAUUUCUUUAAUUUUUGGAAUGCCAGGAACAGCCUGCCAUGAAUACCAACCAACAAUAUAUAUUCAGGAUCUUUGAUUCUUCAUACAAAUUCCAUUUUAGUUAGUUAGAUAAAAGAAUACCUCGAAAUAUUCAACAAUCUUUUGAGAGUUUCGACCGAGGGGUCCAGAGUAGAUAACCUGUCCUCCCCUUUUCAUCAACAGGAGCUCGUCAAAGGCUUCAAAGAUAUCAAUGCUGGGCUGAUGAAUUGUGCACACGACAGUUCUUCCUGUGUCCACUGUGUUUCUGACUGUCCUCAUAACAAUGGCGGCCGCUCUUGCGUCAAGUCCAGAUGUCGGUUCAUCCAUGAAUAUAAUGGAGGGGUUAGCAACGAGCUCAACCGCUAUCGUCAAUCUCUUUCUCUGCUCCGUCGACAGUCCAGAAACCCCGGGAAGCCCAACAAUGGCGUCUUUAAGGUUGUCCAAUUCCACCAGGUCCAUCACUUGAUCCACAAAAAGCUGAGAGAAAUUAUAUAAUCUGUCGUUAGAGUUCAAAGCUCCCCAUUUGUUCUCUUUAAGGUUUUGUUUUGACUGUGAUUUAACAUACCAUUUUUUCACUCUUGCUGACUUCUUUGGGGAGUCUGAGGAAAGCCGAAUAGAUUAAGGAUUCUCGAAUCGUGACUUGUGGAGAAUGGAUAUCGGUCUGUUCACAGUAUCCAGAAACCCUGGCAAACGUUUCUUGGUUCUUUGGGAACCCGGAAAUUCUGACGUCACCUUCAAUGUAUCCUCCGGUUUUCCUUCCUGCUAGGACAUCCAUGAGAGUGGUCUUUCCAGCUCCACUAACUCCCAUAAGCGCGGUGAGAACUCCAGGCCUAAACGCACUUGUUACGCCUCGGAGUAAUUGAAGCCUGUCUUCGGUUACACCUUGAGCCUUCAUUUCUGGCGGCAUGUCCACGUAGUAAUUCACUGUAUCAAAAGACAUGGCUAGAGGAGUGAAUGGUAGCACCAUUCCUUUCUUGGGCGCAAUGCCACCCACAGACUCGAGGAUCGGAUCGUCGUUUCUACUCAGUCCGUUUGGAUUUGAUUGGCUACUCAUCCGUCGAACUGCCAUUUCUCCUGAAAGUUGGUUCACUCACACGUGUAAGACUCCAAAAAACUUAUUACAUACAAUUUGUUUGUUAGUUAGUAGGAUUCUUACUUGUAUUGUUUCCAUCCGCAGCAGACAAGGAAGGAGAGGAUGUCUCCCUAACUGAUCCGUUAAUUCUGAGCCUGGGAGGUUCGUUGGUAUGUUCUUGGUCAUUUUCCAUCUCCAUGGCUGUCUCUUUGGAAAGCACAGCUUGUGCCUUCCCAAAAGCUGUUAUUCAAUAUUUUGAAAGAAAUAUAUUGGUUAGCUAUGGUUGGUUUCAACGUGGAUCGAGUCUAGUGCAGGAUUAGACGAAGACUUACGACUUAGGUAAGUGAGGGCGAGGGUGAAGAGAAUGUUUAAGAUAACUAUGAAGCCCAAAAGCGCUCCUACCCCGAUCCAAUACCAGUUUGGUUCAGUAGGGACAUCGAAGGUAUUUAGAAUCGCAAUUCCCAGAGUUGUAUUACUAUUGGGAGAUACCUACAAUUAUAAAAUUGAAAUUUUCUUAAGACAAGUUUAAAAAGUAAAACUUUAUCAAUUAAAGCCAAAUUAAACAUACCAUUUUAUUCAUCCACCUUGGAGCAAACAUUUCAUUUACAGCCAAUGCAUUGAAACUAUAAGUCAAUGGAGAUAACCAGUAUGCCCACUGCCACCACUUUGGAAUUUGAUCUGUGAAAUAGUAUUUUUGUUUCAACCAUCUUUUAAAAAUUACGUCAAAUGAAAAAUGUAAAUUUUGAUCUUGAUUUCUCCUUCUUAUUCGAAGUUGAACACUAACCGUAUGGCAGGAUGAAACCACCGAGUAGGAAUAUGAGUAGUAGAAUGAGAGCCCCGCCUGUACUUGCAAUGACCAUUGUUCUGCAAACUCCAGAAAUGAGCCUGAAGACCCCAGCAGCCAUUUGUUGGAUCAAGAAUACUAUCAACAGUUGCUUGAAAAACCUGGUAAAGUGAGAAACAAUAACAAUUUUUGAUAAGCUUCUGCGGAUUUGAAUUUAUCUUUUACUAAUCAAUCGAUAUGACGACCCACCUGUCUGCCUCAGGAGCAAAACCGAUUGUGUAGUAGGACAUGACAAUCCAAAUGACGGAUUCAAACAUGGUGAUUGGUAUCCGAAGCAAGAAAUUGGGUAAAGUGAAGGCCCAAGCGGGAUGAAGAAGAAGAUCCCUAUGUUUGUAGAACACUGGAAGUCUCUGUAUGGUUAGAGACAGUUCCGCAAAUCCGUUAAACAUGUUAAUGAUCAUAGCGAACAGGAGCGCUCCUACGUAGAUUAACCCAUCGUCUAGAGUAUUCGUGUGCAUGUUUGUCCUCAGAAACAACGUCGAUGCAAUAAUAGCAAUGAUUAUGAUCUGAACCGUCUUGAACACAUAGAUAAACGAGUUACGCUUGAUCAACAGCCAUUCCUUAUCGAAGCACGCCUUGAGAAGCUCCAUUUUAGGGACGGAGUACCUAUUAAACACAAGUGCAGCCUUAUGGUUCUGCGCCCUAUCGAAAGGAACCGACAGCUCGUUCUGGAUGCGAACUCCCACAUGGAAGUUCUUGAAUCUCUGGGCAAACUCGCUCACAGGGAUGUAUCUAUACUGCCUGUUUCUAUCGGCCCAAUACUGCUCCUGAUCCUUCCUGGAGGUAACCUCUUGUAAGAAAUCUGCAGUCCCUUUCCUCUCAGGGCACCUGAAUCCGCAGCUUUGGAAGAAUUCAAUGACAUGUUCUCGGGGACCCUGGUAGACGGUUUGACCUUCCGAUAACAAGAUGAUAUCGUCGAAGAGAUUGAAGGUCUCGGGUGCAGGCUGGAGCAGGGAUACAAGAAUGGUGGCUUCAGUCAAGUGUACUAUUUGCUGUAGGCACCUCACGAUCUGAAACGUCGUGGAGCUGUCUAGUCCGGUGGAUAUCUCGUCCAUGAAAAGAGUCUUGGUCGGACCAACGAUCAUCUCUCCUGUAGUAGUAAUAGUAGUGCAUGUAUAUUAGUCGCUAAUCCAUGCAUUUUUUCUUCUUCUUAAAUUUACCACUACCCCUCAAAUUUUACCUGUGGUAACUCGCUUCUUUUGACCUCCUGAAACACCUCGAAUCAUUUCAUCCCCGACAAUAGUGUCACGGCAUACGUCAAGCCCCAAUAGCUGCAAAUAUCAUUAAACUAUUAUGACUUUUGCAACAUUUUCCUACUUUCAAAUAUAAAUUAUUUGAUUUGAUUUUAUUUGAUUUUU